CGCACAGCGGCGCACAGCUGCUUCUGUAGCCGUCUCGUCUGCUCCUCUCGGCGGGGAGAAGGAUCUGCGCUAAGCCGGUGGAGGUCGCUAGUUCGGUCGAAGCGGUGCCGGCGGCCAUGGAGUCCGCGGCCGCAUUCGGAGCCGCCAAAGCCGGGAAGCUGGCCUUCGACCCGGUCGCCUUCUUCACGCAUCCGCGGACCAUCAUGAGGCUGUUAUCGUGGGUCUUUUCCAUCGUGGUCUUUAGUUGCAUCGUGAAUGAGGGCUACAUGAACAUCGGCAGUGAACGUCUUUUGUGCGUGUUCAACAAGAACGCAGACGCGUGCAACUACGGCAUGACGCUGGGUGUGUCCUGCUUCCUGGCCAGCGCCUUCUUCCUGCUCUUGGAUGCCGUAUUUCCGUCCUUUAGCAGCCUGAAGGACAGACGGCGCGCCGUGUUGCUUGACCUCAUCUGCUCUGGGGUGGCCAGCUUCCUGUGGUUCGUGGGCUUCUGUUUCUUUGCCAAUCAGUGGCAGGCGACGUCACCGGACGAGCUGCCUCUGUCGCAGGGUGCCGAUGCCGCCCGAGCCGUCAUCGCCUUCUGCUUCUUCUCCGUCAUCACUUGGACGGUGCUGACGCUGAGCGCCCUGCGUCGUUUCCUAUCGGGAUCGCACGCCAACCUGUUCACGUGGCAGCACCUGGACCCUGCCCCUGGCCAUGCCAGGGCCACUCCCUACCCCAUCACCAACGGCGCCACCAUUGUCACGACCAAGCCCUACCAAGCCCCGCCCUUCACCGAGACGCUAGACCCGCAGAAGCUCACGCAGCAGCAGCACAGACCCGUGGCGCCCGCCUUCUGAACAACCCACAACUGUUGUUGCCAUGGCAACCUCACGCUCACGGCUUUUGUUUGUUAACGCGCGCACUCGCAGGCACCCCACUGUACUCACACAAACACAGACGCAUGUUCUUCUCGUGUAGAUAACGCCUCAGAAAAAGGACAUUUUUAGUGAAAUCAUUUUGUUGGCUCACAAUUUGAUUGACAGGUAGAAAUAGGGAGGCAUGAUUUGCAGGCUAUCCCGGCAAGGGAUUAAAAAAAAAAAAAAAAAGGCAGGCCUGCAGCUUCCUGAAUGUUCCACUCCAUCUGAAAUAUUCAUGUGAUUUAAUAUUUCAUUGUGAUAUGCUCAACUGAAUGAUGAAAAAUGAAAAAAAAAAAAAAAUAGAAAUAAAUAAAGCCAGCACCAUCUUCAAAAGAGGGUUCGGCCUUUGUUUUUGCUCUUCACAUUAAUGGUUUAUACCAGGGACUUACUGAUA